UACCAAAAUAUUAGCUAUUUUACAUAACGGAUGAAGAUAGGGAAUAAUAUAAAAAUCUCAAGAGUUCCAAAGCCCUGAAAGGUAUUUACGACAGCUUGGAGAGUAAAGAAGGCCCGAAAAACAUAUAUAAACUUGCAAAGAGACGAAAUCAGGCAACUAAAGACAUCACAAAAACGAAUCUGCUAAAGGGCUCGAAUGGACAAAUACUGUAUAGCGAUAGGAAUAUUUUAUAGCGCUGGUACGAGUACUACAACGUACUUCUGAAUACUAAAAGUCCCAUCUUGAGUCUUCCGACACCGCAACUUAAUAAAGGAAUGAUAGCACAUAUAUCACCAUCGGAAGUCAAGAAAUCCUUAAACAAGAUGGUCAACAAAAAAGCCGUAGGACCAGAUGGCAUUCCAAUUGAAGCCUGGAAGUGUUUAUAAAGAAGUUGUGUUACUGGCAAAUCUGUUCAAUUUUAUCAACAACUACAGCAACAACUACAGAGGCAUAAAGUUGAUGUGUCAUACCAUGAAGUUGUACGAGCGAGUGAUUAAUUGUCGAUUAUGGAUGGAAAUCACGCUCUCUUUCAACCAGUUCGGCUUUGUGCCAGGCAUGUCGACCAUUGACCCAAUGUUUGCUCUCAAUACCAUCGUUGAAGAAUACCGGGCUAAGAAGAAACCGCUGUAUAUGGCCUUUCUGGAUAUGGAAAAGGCAUUUGACCGUGUGCCUCGUGAUACAAUAUGGUGGUGUCUUCGGACUAAGAACAUCCCCGAAGCAUACGUCACUGUAAUUGCCGACAUGUACCGGGAAGCCAGGUCAGUGAUCAGGACCACUGUGGGAGUAAUUCGCUCAAUACCAGUCACAGAAGGAGUUCAUCAGGGGUCGGUGUUAAGCCCGUACCUGUUUAGCUUGGUGCUAGAUACUCUCACGGAGAGUGCUCAGAACGAGGCACGGUGGACAUUUAUAUAUGCGGAUGACGUGGCAGUAUGUACUGAGAGCCGUAAAGAGCUACAAAGAUUAUUACUGUCGUGGAAGCAUCAGUUGCAGAGAGGCGGUCUUAUGUUGAGUGUCCAAAAACGCAGUUCAUGGAGUGCAAUGUCCCCGAUUCAGACUCCGAGCCAAUAUUGGUUGACGGACAGGAAGUACAGAAAUGCAACCACUACAAAUAUCUUGGGAGCAUUGUGCACGAUUCCGGAUUACUGGAGAUCAACAUUCAAAACAGGAUUGCGGCCGCCUGGUUAAAGUGGAGAGAGGUGACUGGUGUGACCUGCGACAGUAAAAUGCCGAUAAAAAUGAAAGGCCUCGUGUACAAUACCAUCAUAAGACCGGUCCUUACUUAUGGCAGCGAAAUAUGGCCAGUGACCCAGCGACAUGUCCAAGCCAUCCAUGUGGCAGAUAUGAAGAUGCUGAGGUGGAUGUCAGGCGUCUCCAGGAUUGAUAGGGUUCGAAACGAACACAUCCGUGGUAGCCUCGGGGUGAGAGACGUCGCCGAGAAGCUCAAAGAAAGUCGGCUGAGGUGGUUUGGGCAUGUCAAAAGAAGGCCGCCAGAAUACGUAGGCAACAAAGCCCUUAGUUUUGCCUUACCAGGCCCAAACAGGAGGGGCAAACCAAGGCAGCGUUGGCGCAAUGUCAUCGCCAAAGAUUUAAACGCCUGUGGGUUAUCGGAAAACGACAUCCAGGAUAGAGCGAAGUGGAAGGAGAAAAGUAGGAAAGCGGACCCCGUCACAGUACGGGACAAACGCUAGGAGGAUGAUGACAUUGGCUGUUUGCCGAUUUCGUUCGCACCUUAGCCUUGCGCGCGCAUUGGAAACGAGCGUAAAAAAAAUAGCCAUUUUCCGUAUUUGAUAUAAAAUUGGAAUAGUUUUACAUGUUUUUAGUUUAUAUAUUGACGAUAAUGACAUUUUCAAGCAUUGAAAAUGAAGAACACAUUAAAUUGACGAUGCCAGUAAUACUAAUAGAGGCAAGAGCCGAGAACGAUAGCCUUUUACCAUCAAAAUCGGGUGAGAAAUAAUUGGCGGCAUAUGAAACUUUUAUUCAAUGGAAAAUAAACAAAAACGACCAGUGUUUCUUGGAAAACGUGAUGGUAGCUUACUUCAAUGAACUUGCGAAUAAGUGCCUACAAGCCAAGCACGCUUUGGUGCCAUUAUUCGAUGUUAAAGCUGUGAGCCACCAUUUAGAAAAUUGUACUUUUACUGUUUUGACAAAACUUAAUUUAUAAGUUUUGUAUUUUCCUCGCAAGUGUGUUGAAAAACGUCGUAUGAAACGCGUGUGCUUUAGUCAUUACACACAUCGGCUUUCUUAUUGCGCGCUCGCUUUCAGCUCGCGCGCACUAUAUCGCCUCGUGUGUGAUGACCAACUUAGCACACUUGCAUCAUAAUGUACUAUUAUAGGAUACUUAAUUCCAUUUAUAUAGCAUUUUUUACUAUUUGCAACAAAUAUAAUACAAGUCAGAAGCAAGAUAUGCUGCUCUGGCUAGAGCGACACAUUGAGGGUACAACUGUAUGUACACAGGUAUGUGUGUGUGUAACUCAUGCAAAAGUGUGACAGACCAAAAGCCGUCAACAGCGACUUAAAAAAGUGUUUUUACCUAUUAUGUAUUUUCAUUUAACCAACUGGAAAGGAGAAGGUUUCCAAUUCGUCAAAAACUUCAUUUUUUAAUACAUGGAUCUCGUUUUUUCUAAGACGGCUGGACCGAUUAGGUAAAUUAUGCUUACAUCAAAAGUGAUUUGGAUAUUUUCUCGAUAAUCACUAUUUGGUGAAGACUGUUGUUUGUAGGUAAACUGUUUUUUUUACUGGACAUUAUUUUCGUAUAAUCUUCUUAACGUACAAGUAUACUAUUAGAGUUGUAUACACUGUACACUGUAAACUGUUUUAUGAAGCCAUUCCUUUAUACUAUAUUAAAUAUUAUGGAUAAAAUAAGAUAUACAACUGCUUUUUUGGUAAAGUUUUUUAUAAGAUAUCCAGUGAGGCAUUGUUGCAGGAAGAGCUGCGUUACGUUUCCCCCUAUGCUAGGGUCUGAUCAUACUCGUAAAUCUGUUUUCUCACAUUCAAACCACAGGCUCCAAGGCGAUAAACAAUGGUUUUUGCUAUCUCCCUUUCAUAUCACGAGAACGUUUGGAAGCACAAUAGUAUUGCUGUGCCACUUCCGCCGUAGAAUUAACAUUAUACCGUAUUCUCAAACUGCUCGCUGAGUGAUUAUUUUACAGACAUGACUUUAUUUGUACUGUUUCAAUAAAUAUAUUUACCGUUUGCUCUUGAAAGUAUAUAUUGCCGCCUUUCAAACAUAUAUUAAAUUACCGCAAAACAGUCCUUAUUAUCAAUUACAUAUAUUGUAUUUUCAGUCUAUGAUUUCUCCCGGACAAUCAUGGACGACAAAAUAAAGCGAACCCUAGAUUUCAUGCCUGUUUAGCUGAAAUGCAACCAUCAGCCAGAAGUGAGAUAAACGUUAGAUAAACGGAACUGCAGAAAAUAUAGUUCUUUCAAUGUGUUUUUAAUUGCAAAAGAUGCUGCUAACCGAAAUUUUUGUUUUAGUGGAAUGCUAGGAUAAGUGCGUAUCCGGGUUAAAAGCGGAUAAUUCAGUUGUCUAUAUAACUAAGCAUUAUUUUCGUUUGAAAUCCACACAACUUCUGACACUAUG